AUGUGUGCACAGAGAGCGUCUUAAUGCAGAGGUUGUGUCUUCUCUCGCUGAGUGGGAUGUUCUGUGUGUAGGCGGUUGUCGUCGUGUGUGCGUGGGAGGUCUAGAAAUUUUGAGCUGUGUGUGUGUGUGUGUGUGUGUGUGUGUGUGCAGAACGUUAGUUUCACUAAUUUUAACGAUCGAUUAAUGAUUUUUCUCGUUGACUUUUUCCGCGUAGCGAAAAAUCUUGUCCGUCGAGCUUAAGGACGAUCGUUUUUCUUUUAACUUUUUGCGCGCGACCGUCACUGCCUGAUAAGCCGUAAAUCAUUUGAUGAGACAAAAGCGAGAGCAAUCGUUAAACUCUCGACGCAUCAUUGAAGAAGUGGCGCGUCACAAUGAUACGCUUUCUUUUUUCGUGCCACAGCUGUUUCGAAUUGUAUAUCGUCGCUCAUCGUUAUAUAUAGGCGCAAAUUAAUCUGAAAAGAGAAAACUACGCGGAAUCGAUUCUCCGAACGGUGCGAAAAAUGAAGUUAAGCGUACUCCUGCAUUUGAAAAAGAAAAACUUUGUACGACAAGCAUUAGAUAUUAACCGGUAUAGAUAUAAGGCACAGAAGAAAAAAAAACGUCGGUGUCUCCAACUACAAAUUAGAGAGACGCUCGCGAGCUGGCGAAGAGAAAAAGAGACGUGUUUCCGAUAGGAGAGAGAGAGAAUAUCACCUUAAGAGUACAAACUUGCUGUUAGAGGAGAGAUCGGUUUGGCCGAAGCUGGACCGAAGAAUCGCGUAUACGUAGCGUUUACCCACCAGUGUUUCCAUGACAGGCAGCCUUAUGAGGACCUCGCAAAAGAAAUCCUUUUACGUUAAGACACUGUUCCACUACGAUCCCAACAAGGAUGACGGUUUGCCGUCGCACGGUCUGGCCUUCGGCUACGGGGAGAUCCUACACGUGACCAAUGCCUCGGACGACGAGUGGUGGCAAGCCCGGAAAGUGACGGCUCUCGGCGAACAGGAGUCUCUCGGCAUCAUACCCUCGCGAAAGCGAUGGGAGCGCAAACAACGCGCCCGGGACCGUCAGGUCAAGUUCCAGGGACACAUGCCCGUCAUCGACGACAAGCAAUCGACGCUCGAGAGGAAAAAGAAGAAUUUCUCGUUCAGUAGAAAUCUGCCGUUCUCCAAGCACAAAGACGGGAAGUCCGAGGAGAGUUCCGCGCAGGAGCAGGUCACGAACGAGAGCAAGAACAAAAGCGCCGACGGCGAGGAGAACGUCCUGACCUACGAGGCUGUGCAACGAGUAUCGAUUCAGUACACCCGGCCUAUCAUAAUCGUCGGUCCACUGAAAGAUCGCAUCAACGAGGACCUCAUCUCGGAGUUUCCGGACAAAUUCGACAGCUGCAUACCACAUACGACGAGGAGUAAAAGAGAAUACGAGGUGGACGGACGGGAUUAUCACUUUGUUGCAUCGAGGGAGCAAAUGGAAAUAGACAUACAAAACAAUCUAUUUAUUGAAGCUGGCCAGUAUAACGACAACAUUUACGGUACGGCAAUUGCGUCGGUUCGAGAGGUCGCGGAGAAGGGAAAACAUUGCAUUCUCGACGUCAGUGGAAAUGCCAUUAAAAGAUUGCAAGUCGCGCAGCUGUACCCAAUCACAAUCUACAUCAAACCGAAGUCGGUCGAAUCCAUUAUGGAGAUGAAUAAAAGGAUGACAGAGGAUCAGGCGAAAAAAGUAUUCGACAGAGCGGUAAAAGUAGAGCAAGAAUUCGGCGAAUAUUUCACUGCUGUUGUGCAAGGCGACACACCAGAAGACAUUUACGCGAUGGUGAAGAAAGUCAUAGCCGAGCAGUCGGGGCCUAACAUUUGGGUGCCGUGUCGAGAGCAGCAGUUGUGACCUCCUCUGUCCCCAUUCAAUUCCCUCACUAAAUAAAAAAAAAAAUCCAUUUCUUGUGCCUUUAAAUAAUAUUAGAUCUGAAAAGAAAAACUACGUGGUUGAGUGUUUCCACUAUAUUUGUCUCUCUUUAUCUUUCUUUGCAUUUCUCUUUCUAUUCUCAGAAGAAGUACAAGUUUUUUGCCUAAAGUCUCUCGUUAAAAAUGACCAAUAACUGCGUUCUUGUUGCAUUCUUGUGCCAAAUGCGCUUUCACGAACGCCUCUCAUACAAGUACCAGUAUUGACAACGACCCUCUAGGAUUUUGUCGACAAACAGAAAAAAAGUUUAUUACAAAAAAAUAGUAUAUAAUAGCACUUGUUUACUAGCUCUGAUGAUGUAUUAUGAUUUCUAUCUUAUUAUAUGUUUAAAUUUUGGUACAAACUUAAAUCUUUCUUUUUUUAUAUACAAAGAAGUACAGUAUACAUAAACUGAUUUUUCCGCCUAUGCAUUUAAAAAAAUAUUAAUUUACUUUGUAAAUAGCUAUUUAAUGUUAGCUCUAAGUCAGAAAAGAUAUCUGUAAAUAAUUAAUACUUGUAAAUUGUAAAUAAAUAGUUUGUAAAGACAUAGAUCUAUUAUCUUCUUUGUUGGUGCAAAUGUAUAUUUAUUUUCGAGCAUCACUAGAAUAGCAUCUGAAUAAAUUCAAUAAAUGUACUUUAUUAUAAUUAA